AUGAAGCUCUCAACGGUUUCCCGUAUAGUCUUAAGGGAAUGCAAUGGGGACACAAGCGCUUCGAGCUGCGAGAAGCCUACGAGCCAAGUCCUCACUGUCGGCGUGCCGGCAGCCAUAUCAGGAGCGAUCGUGGUGGCCGCUAUCAUUGUUUUCGUUUAUCUCCAUUUCCGGGGCCGUGAAAACGAGAGGCGUGAGGGUCUCAGGGAUAUACGACUGGCAUCUAGGUUUAACCAUCGAAGUUCCCGGGCGCCUGAUGACCAUACCACAACGCAUCACCCAUCUGAUCAUCAAGCAGCUGGGAAUAGUGAUCCCUACAGUAUACCUAGCACCUCAGAUCUACGAUACGGGCGAGUAGCUCCAACAUCAAUGUUGAAAGCUGGAGGUUACCAGGAGCUCCAGGAGCUGCCAUCUUAUGAAAAUUCUCAAGCCACAACCAAGCAAUCAGAGCGCAAUGAACGUUGUCUGACUGGCAACAACUUGGCCUAA